AAGAUGUAUGACAAUGCAGGCAAAACUCAGAGGAUUGUUAAACGUGACUUUCAACGUUCUAUUGUUGAGCCAUUGAGCGUAACAGAAUAAGAGUCCUUGUUUUUCAUUUAUAAAGUUACUUUGCUUCCUGUAUCUCAUUUUAUCGUUAUAAUUCAGUAAGAAAGGUGUUACUAUUGUAUGUCUCCUUAGGAAGGAAAUAACCUGAUGAUUAUUGCCAAUUUUAUAUAUAAGAAAUGGUGAUUCUGAUUUGUCCAAGCGUAUGGAAGAAGAAUUGGUGUCAGGUUUUACAGUUCAGGAAUGACCUUAGACAAUGUCAAUCGGGCAGUUGUGGAUCGAAUAAUCCGGGUGGAUCAUGCAGGUGAAUAUGGAGCAAACCGAAUCUAUGCAGGACAGAUGGCUGUCCUGGGUCGGACAAGUGUCGGGCCAGUCAUUCAGAAAAUGUGGGAUCAAGAAAAGGACCACUUGAAAAAGUUCAACGAGUUGAUGGUUGCAUUCAGGGUGCGGCCGACGAUUCUGAUGCCCUUUUGGAACGUGGUAGGGUUUGCACUGGGUGCAGGAACUGCCCUGCUUGGGAAAGAGGGAGCAAUGGCCUGCACUGUGGCUGUGGAAGAGUCCAUAGCACAUCACUAUAACAACCAGAUCAGGACGCUGAUGGAGAAGGAUCCUGAAAAAUACGAGGAGCUUCUUCAGGUGAUAAGGAAAUUUCGGGAUGAAGAGCUAGAGCACCAUGACAUAGGCCUUGAACAUGACGCACAACUGGCUCCAGGAUACACCAUUUUGAAGAACCUUAUCCAGGCCGGAUGCAGCAUGGCGAUAUAUUUAUCAGAAAGAUUUUAAAGUAUGUCCAUUUUUCCCUGUCUACAAAAGAUGACAGUGAUUUAACAAGUGGCACUGGCAGAAAAGGAAAUGUGCAAUUAUUGUUAUAUGAAACUUGUUAAUAAACUGCAGGAGCUUUUUUUUUU